CGCUGAACUGUCAGCAGCUUCAGCGAGUAUAGAGCCGCAUAACCCUUAGGACUGUUCACUCACAGCUCUUAUGAUGUACUCUCACAACUUGUCCGAUGAGACAGCUAACGUUGACUGAGUUUACUUUCAAGAAAGCCGCAGGAGAAACUUUUACUGAUAGUUGUUUUCGUGGUAACGAACAUUUACGGAAGAAAAAAGAAAACAGCAGCGUGCGAUGGAUGCCUCAAAAUUGGCUCUAUUUGUUUCAACACUGAGCUCCAUGUUUUCUGCUAACAAACUGCUGGAUGACAAUCAGUCAGGCUUCAAAAGUGGACACUCCACCGAGACUGCCAUGCUGUCUGUCACUGAGUCACUGAGACAGGCGAAAGCUGAAUCGAGGUCAUCCAUCCUGAUUCUGCUGGACCUUUCUGCAGCCUUUGACACAGUCAACCAUCAGAUCUUACUCUCUACCCUCUCCUCGCUGGGCAUCACAGGAAAUGUCCUUGACUAGUUUAAUUCCUAUCUCUCAGGUUGGUGCUGUUCAGGUGUGUGACGUAGUAAAUGAGAUUGAGCUGGCAAGAGAGAGAUGUGAAAAUAAAACUACAGGAAACUUCACAUCAGGAUGCCAAGGAAUGUGGGACAUGAUUGCAUGCUGGCCAUCAGCCAAAGUUGGGGAACAUGUGGUGAUUCCUUGUCCAUAUUAUUUCAGACACUUCUCGGACCACCAUGAGGGUAACCUUUCCAAGACUUGCACUGCAGAUGGCUGGACUGAGAUGCACCCCAUGACGAUUGCAGUGAAUUGUGGAUAUAACCUUAACAGCACUUUUGAUGAUGAUAGUUUCUUUAGGUCGGUGAAGAUUGGCUACACCAUCGGCCACAGUGCUUCCCUCAUUUCACUUACUACUGCAAUUGUAAUUCUUUGUAUAUUCAGGAAACUACACUGCACACGAAACUACAUCCACAUACACCUGUUUGUAUCCUUCAUCUUGAAAGCCAUCGCAGUCUUCGUUAAAGAUGUGGUCCUGUAUGAUGUUAUUCAGGAGUCUGACAACUGCUCCACUGGAUCUGUUGGCUGCAAAGCUGUGAUCAUCUUCUUCCAGUAUUGCAUUAUGGCCAGCUUCUUCUGGCUCCUAGUGGAAGGUCUCUAUCUUCAUGCUCUAUUGGCGGUUUCCUUCUCAGAGAGGAAGUACUUCUGGUGGUACAUUCUGAUUGGUUGGGGAGGCCCAACGAUUUUCAUCAUGGCUUGGAGCUUUGCCAAGGCUUACUUCAACGAUGUCGGAUGCUGGGAUAUAAUUGAGAACUCUGACUCAUUCUGGUGGAUUAUCAAAACCCCAAUAUUAGCCUCAAUUCUGAUGAACUUCAUCCUGUUCAUUUGUAUCAUUCGGAUACUGCGGCAGAAGAUCAACUGUCCUGACAUCGGGAGAAAUGAAUCAAACCAAUAUUCGAGACUGGCAAAGUCCACUCUGUUGUUGAUUCCACUUUUUGGGAUAAAUUUCAUCAUAUUUGCUUUCAUUCCAGAGAACAUAAAAACCGAGCUAAGGCUUGUGUUCGACCUUAUUCUUGGGUCAUUUCAGGGUUUUGUGGUUGCUGUACUGUACUGUUUUCUAAAUGGAGAGGUCCAAGCUGAGAUCAAGAGGAAAUGGAGGCGAUGGCACCUCGAAAGGUUUAUGGGUCCUGACACCAAGUACCAGCACCCAUCCAUGGGAAGCAACGGCAACAACUUCAGCACACAGAUCUCCAUGCUGACUCGCUGCAGCCCCAAUACUCGCCGUGCAUCAGCAUGCAAUGACGAGUCAUCCAUAACAGUCUAACUUAACAUCUACACAGCAGAACAAUGAUGUAUAACAUGUUUUACUCAUAGAGAUGGACUUGCAGCCAGUUCACAUUGUGGGAAGUCCUGGAAAGCAACUCAGAUGAAUAGUUCAAACUGGGUCACCGCCUUAUAAAGGUCAUAUUCAGUUUGGAAUGUGGUCUCUCAUGUCUUUGUGUGCAGAUGAAGUGUAAAAUAAUUAUGUGCAGUCACAUAUGAUAGAACAUAAAAAGGGAAUUUACAUUUGUAAAAAAAAUAUUAAUGCUACAGCUGGGACGUGUCACAAAGAUAAUACUAAUAUAUAUAAAGAUUUAAAGCCUCACAUCACUGCCCCACAUUGUCUGAUGUCUUAUAUUUUUAUUUCAAACGUGUGAAUAGCCAUAUUACCUCUCAUCCGUCACAAAGAAUGUAUAUUCUUAUGAAUCUUAAAUCUACAAAAAUGCUAUUGUAAUUUUCUUUAUAAAAGAUGUGUACUUUGUGAACUGUGUAUAAGUGCAGAUAGGAAAAGGUGCAUUUUGUUGUACAGGCUUUUCAGGUUUUGGUACGACGUGUACAUAUGCUGUUUCGUGUACAUUAAUUUACGUAAUGCUUAAUGUGUCGGUGCACAGCAGAAGACCUGGAUAUUGCAUUGCAUAUAUGAACUCUGUGUCUCUGUGCUGUGAAAGUGAGUAGUAUUGUCAAUACCACAUACAACACAUCCAAAGUAAUACUGUACAUAUACAGUAAUAAAUUCACAAUAAAAGCAUGACCCAAAUUCUUCACUAAUGUGUACACAUAAAGUCACUGAAUAUUUUUGUAUCCACAUUGAAACAAGCUUGAUACAUGGGAUAUGUAUUUUUGUAACAUUUUGGAUAAUUUUUCAUUGCUGUUUUAAUGUUCAUGUGAUCAACCAUUUUAAAUAAACAACCUGA